GUUUUAAACGAAAAACAAGCGAGACUAGACGGACCAAAAACUCCGCUAAUACAUCUCAGGCCCACUUGUUAGCGUUUUCUUAAUAAAUCAAAGAAGAUAAAUGUUAACGACUUCCUGGCCAUGGACUCUAGAGAAGUUCAUCGUUAGAAAAAAGAGAUCCGCGAGCGUCAAAGUCGCGUUGGAGGGGGUUGAACGUCGGCCAAGGGUGGUCGGUCAGUCACGUUACAGCUCUAGUCAUGGGAGGCACAGCCCGACAAUAUUUGGCAUCGACGUCAUGUUGCCUGUCCGUGGCGAUGACGGCGAUUUGUUUCGUCUGGCUAGAACCUCUCAUGCUCAGCCUGCUGGGGCCGGAGAGCGAAAUCCCGAUGACCACCAGCCAGUCGUCAUGGCUUGUCGCUUCCGUAGAAUUCGGCGAAGUCCUCGUCACCCUCCCAGCCGGAAUCCUGGCUGACAAAUGGGGAAGAAAGCCGUUGUUGCUCAGCACGGGACCGAUGUGCCUCGUCUCCUGGGUCCUCAUACUGGCCACAAGGGACCUUUCGAUCCUGUUCGUCGCCAGGAUCAUCCAAGGAGCCGCAGUUGCAGUGGUCUAUACAGUCGCGCCGAUGUACAUCGCGGAGAUUUCCGAGCCUAGGAUCCGAGGAGAGCUGAGCGGACACUUCCAGACGAUGUGGUACGUCGGAAUUCUCUUUACCUACGUGACCGGACCGUAUCUCUCCUACCAAAACUAUACCUACUGUUGUGCAGUCAUACCUUUGAUUUUCUUCGCCACGUUUAUAAUCAUGCCCGAAUCCCCUUACUACUUGUUUAUGGUCGAAAAACCGAACGAAGCGGCGAAGGCGGUACGUUGGUUGCGCGCAACCGACGAUAUAGAAGAUGAGUUCGAGUCUAUCAGGUAUUCCGUCCAAGAAGAUAUGAAGCAGAAGGGAAGCUGGAAGGACCUAAUCGCUACAAAAAAGGACAGAAAGGCGUUCUUUAUCGUUCAGACCGUCUGCGCGAUCAAAUACCUCAACGGGAUGCCGGCUGUUGUCACCUAUGCGGCGCAGACCUUCGCAUCUGGACCCAUAGGAAUACUAAGUCAUCACGAAUUGACCAUAAUUCUCGGUGUACUGCUUUGCGUGACGACUUUCUCUUCGGCAUUCAUUUCUGAUUCUGUGGGGCGAAGACCUCUACUCAUUAUUUCGACCCUGGGAUCGGUCUUCUUCAACAUAGUCGUCGGCACGUACUACUAUCUCAUCACGGUCGCGAAUGUGGACGUUUCGGCGUACCACUGGAUCAUGUACAUGGGGGUAGCAGGCUUCUGCAUGGUCUCGAACGUCGGCCUUGGACCUCUGAUGCAGACGAUACAGGCUGAAUUUUUCCCAUCGCACACGCGCGCCGUCGGCAGCGGCGUCACGGAAAUAACCGCCUCGGUCGCGACUUUUAUCAAUCUGAAACAGUUCCAAACUAUAACGGAUCUAUGCGGCGUUUAUAUGAAUUUCUGGAUAUUCGCUCUUUUCGGCUUCACAGGAACUAUCAUCAUCUGUUUCGUCAUCCCGGAAACGGCGGGAAAGAGCCUCGGCCAAAUACAAUCCGAUUUCCAGACGGAAAAGUCAAAUAUAUCAAAAAAGCCAAAGACAAAUGGAAUUGAACUUACUAAGUAUGGAAACAAAGAAUACAACUCUUCCAACGGAGUGAAAGUUUAAGUUUAAUUCGGAAAGCCUAGCAAAAUACAUAAAUAAACUAAACAAGAAAAAGUGAACGUGCACAGCGUUAUCAGCAUAACGCUCAUAACUUUUAUUGUGUAUUUUUUUUCUUUGAGUGAAUGUAGCACUAAGUGAUGAAAAGUGACAAUUAAUAAUUAAUUAUAUAUCAGUAAAAACAUUCCUUUUCUAGGGUGCUAAAACAUUUAUUGUACAUACAUUUUGGAAUAAUUGUUUAAAAGAAUGUCAAGUAAAUUUAAAGAACUGUAAACUUUUCAUUUAUUAGAGUACACAAAAGCCUGUAAUUACGGAAAAAUUAAUUUAUACAAGUUUAUAGAAUAUUCGAGAAUGCAAUAUUGAAAUAAAAAACUAUAUCAAUCUUUGAAAAUUUAU